AUGCCGGGCGGUUCGUACGCCGAGUAUGCCCUGGCCUGGGCGCAUACCACAUUCCACCUGCCGAAGGAAACCUCGUUCGAGGCAACAAUCCCCCUCGCCGGGCUCACCGCCGUCAUCGCGCUGUACCACCACCUCGCCCUGCCCUUCCCCUGGCGGCCCGCGACCACCGCGACCCCCCUGGUAAUCUACGGCGGCAGCACGGCCGUCGGCGCGUUCGCCAUCAAACUCGCCCGCCGCAGCAACAUCCACCCGAUCAUCGCCGUCGCCGGCAAAGGUGCCUCGUACAUCACGCCCCUCCUUGACGCCAGCCGCGGCGACGUCGUCGUGGACUACCGCGCCGGCGGCGAGGCGACGGCCAAGGGCAUCCGCGCGGCGCUGGGGGCAGAGCCGCUGGAGCACGUGCUCGACACGAUCGUCAGCGACGAGAGCACGCGGGUGUUGCGGGGGGUCAUUGCGCCGGGCGGGAAUAUCAACUCGGUGCUGCCGCAGGAGCGCGAUGUGGCGCCGGGCGUCGCUACGAACACGUGGGUGAGCGCGGCGCACGAGGCGGGCGGGCCGGACGACUGUCGCGAGCUGUGUUAUCUGUUCUGUCGGUGGUUCUCGCGCGCGCUGCAGCGGGGAGAGUUCUCGGGGCAUCCGUUUGAGGUGCGCCCCUGGGGACUGGCGGGCGUGCAGGAUGCGCUGCGGGAUCUGAUGCAGGGGAAGGCUAGUGCGGUCAAUCUAGUCGAAAAGCGAGUCCUUGUACGCCGACGGCUCGAUGUACGGGGUGCCUCCGCGGCGCGUGAAGCCCCAGCGGAUCUGCGCCGCCAUGGCAAUCUCCACGUCCAGAUGCUGCGCGAACGUCCAGGCGAGCCCCGGGUCCUUCUGGAAGCCACGGCCGACCAGCGCGACAUCGAGCCCCUCCUCCUCGAGCAGGCGGUUCGCCUGCUUGCCGUUCGUGAUGGCGCCCACCACCGCGACGAGCAGCUUGUCGCCGACGGCCUUCUUGACGGCAAUCGAGAACGGCGCCUGGAACGCGGGGCCGGACUUGACCUUCUGCGCGGGGUGCCCGCCGCCGGAGCUGAGAUCGAUCAGAUCGACGGCGCCCUGCUUGACGAGCUCCUGCGCGAAGCGCACCGUGUCGGCGAGGCUCCAGCCCUCCUCGGGCAGGGUGUCCUCGACCCAGUCGGUGGCGGAGAUGCGCAGGAAGACGGGGACGGACGGGCCGACGGCGUCGCGGGUGGCCUGGGCGAUCUCCAGCGACAGGCGGAUGCGGUUCUCGAAGGAGCCGCCGUACUCGUCGGUGCGCGUGUUGGCGCUGGGCGAGAGGAAGCUGGACAGCAGGUAUCCGUGGGCGUUGUGGAUCUCGAUGAAGUCCGCCCCGGCGGCGAGGGCGCGCUUAACGGCGGCCACCCAGGCAGCCUUGAACUCGGCAAUGUCCUCCUUGGUCAUGGCCUUGGGGGUGGGGAACGAGUCGGCAAAGGGGACGCUGCUGGGCCCCUUGACGUUGUCAGGCCAGCCGCCGACCUUUUCGGUGGCGAUGGUGCCGGCGCUGGCCAUCCAGGGGGGGAUGGUGCUGGCCUUGCGGCCGGCGUGGGCGAUCUGGACGCCGAUCUUCUGGCCCUGGCUGUGGACGAAGUCGAUGACGCGGCGCAUGGGGGCGAUCUGGGAGUCCUUCCAGAGGCCGACGUCCUGGGGGGUGAUGCGGCCCUCGGGCAGCACGGCGGUGGCCUCGAUCAUCAUCAGGCCGGGGCCGCGCUGGGCGAUGCCGCCCAGAUGGGCGAUGUGGUAGUCGGUCAUGUGGCCAUCCUGGGCCGAGUACUGGCAGAGGGGGGCAAGGCCCAGGCGGUUCUGAAAGGUGACGCCGCGGAUGGUCAGCGGUUGAUAGAGCUUGGGGAUGGGCUUGCCGCUGGUCUGUGGGUUGGCGGCAGUGCCGGCCGGCGGCGACUGCGCGGGCGUGAAGUAGGGGACGCCCUCUGCGGGGGCGAUCUCGAUGUCAGGGAGGUGCAUAUUGGUGUUGAUGGGAUUGAUUGGGAUGGAGCAGAGGGCGAGAAAAGGGAGGGAUGGUAUUUAUGGAGGCCAUAUCGAAGGCUGUAG